CAAAACCAUGUGGAUCGUCACAAUCUGUGGCACGGUUUCGCGACAGACAGCUGCUAAAGUGCACGUCACUUAAAACUUUUCGAUAUUUAUAUUGAAUGAUUACAAAUGAACGAUAAAUAAUUAUAGGUAGUCUUUCGAGGUGUUGUAUGAUUAAACUCUAAAUUGUUGCUAAGAAUAUAGCAAGAUAGUCGCGUGUGUUAUUGUUUAUAAUUUGUUCCUAGUGCAAAUUCUUGAAUGAUUUACGAAGUGACAUUGACAUGUGAUCGCGCGGGAAUUUCGAGUUUAGUUUUGCGCGGAUUCCGCCGACGGAUAUUCGCGUCAGUGUUUUGUAGAAGUUAUGUUAAGUGAAAGUAAACUGUGCAAUGCGGUUGUGUAGGUUUGGUGACGUUGUUCUUGCCAAUACAUGUACGUGCCCUUGUGAGGUUGCCAGCAUCCCAUAUAUGCAGACAAUUCCUAUUUGUUUACUUCCGCACUAGCGAAGUAUUAACCGCAUUUUUUAAUAAAAAGUUAAGCUCACAAAGUUCAAGAUGCCUUUCACAAUGAACGAGGGUGGUUUCGGGGUAGGAGACUACGUGGUGUUCGGAGUACUCUGCGCAGUGUCAUGCGCAGGUGGUCUAUGGUACAGCGCCAUUGGAUCUAAGGCCAAGAAGGUUGUAGAUGUGAAGGAUUACCUCCUUGGAGGACGGACGCUGUCUACUUUUCCUGUGGCUAUGUCACUUAUUGCCAGCUACGUCUCCGGAGUGACGAUUCUAGGCACCCCGGCGGAGAUAUACAACUAUGGUACACAGUACUGGCUGGUCGUGAUCGGAGUAUCCCUCAGCUGCAUAGCUGUGGUCACCAUAUACCUGCCUGUGUUCUGUACGCUAAGGUUAACUUCGUCUUAUGAGUAUCUAGAGUUAAGAUUCAACAAGAAUGUUCGUGCGUGCGCCUCAGUGUUGUUUUUACUGGACGAGGUUCUUUUCCUGCCGAUGAUCAUAUUUGUGCCAGCACUAGCAUUCAAUCAAUUGACAGGAUUCAGUGUUUAUGCAGUUGCUGGUACUAUGGUCACCAUAUGUGGCCUUUAUACAGUAUUAGGUGGACUAAAAGCAGUGGUAUGGACGGAUUCAGUGCAGACCGGCAUUAUGUUCAUAGGAGUGAUCUUAGUAGCCGCCGCCGGGACAAUUGCCGUCGGCGGGAUGAAGGAUGUUAUAGAAAUUGUUAACGAAACUGGACGAUUUGAAUUAUCUAAUUGGAGCUUUUCGCCGUUUGAGCGUCAGACUGGCUGGGGUGCAGUGGUCGGGGGAUUCUUAUACUGGACUUGCUUCAACUCCGUCAAUCAGACGAUGGUGCAGAGGUACAUGUCACUACCCACCAAGAGGAAAGCUAUUACAGCCAUAUUCAUAUUCUGCAUCGGUGCAAUCCUGGCCAUCUCUCUCUGCGUCUGGUGUGGCCUGGCCGCUUGGGCCACCUGGGUGCAAGGAGGUUGCGACCCUGGUGGCGUGCCUCUGGUCGAUGACAGGCUACUACCAGCCUUUGUGACGUAUGUGUCGAGGGCUAAGCAUCUGCCUGGACUCCCUGGUGUGUUCUUGGCGGGGGUUUUUGGAGCUGGACUUAGUUCACUUUCAGCAGUAUUAAACGCGUGUGCGCUGGUGGUAGUCGAAGACAUAGUGCGUGGCUGGCUAAAGCUGCAGCUCAAGCCGUUCACUGAGGGCAUACUGGCUCGCGUGGUGACCGCUACCCUGGCCAUCGUGUCUGUUGUCAUGCUGUUCGUUAUUGAGAAGCUGGGAGGAGUUCUUGGUAAGUUAGAAGUAUUGCUGUAUAAUGUCUUGUGUGGCUGGCUGAAGCUGCAGCUGAAGCCGUUCACUGAGGGCAUACUGGCUCGCGUGGUGACCGCUACCCUGGCCAUCGUGUCUGUUGUCAUGCUGUUCGUUAUUGAGAAGCUGGGAGGAGUUCUUGGUGUAGCAACAGCAUUAUCAGCUAUCGCAGCGAGCGCUACAUGUGGGGUGUUCACUCUCGGCAUGGCGUGCUGGUGGGUGGGCCCCCGGGGUGCUCUAGCCGGGGCCGUGGCGGGGGCCCUGCUGGCCGGCACCGUGUCGCUGGGGACCCAGGCCGCGGCCGCACAGGGGUUGAGAGCACCACCACUGAAUAUUACGAUGGAUUGCGCUAGAAACGCGUCUUAUGUGGGACUUGUUGAUGCUAUUGACCCCGAAACAAUAUUCCCCCUCUUCCGCAUAUCCUACCACUGGAUAGCCCCACUAGGUCUCAUCGCCACCAUGUCAGUCGGCAUGAUAGUAGGCUACUUCUUCGACAAGAAGGACUCUCUCAAGAUGGAUGCGGAGUUGUUCACCCCUGGCGUGUGGAGGUACCUUCCUCAGGAGGCCAUAGAGAGAGCGGGGGAUACGAGAAGAGCGAUAGCGGAUAGAGAUGCGCCUGCACAUGCUGCGCCCUUAAUACUCGCUACUAUUGAUAUUGAUAAGAUUGAAAUAAAUGGUGAACCCAGUAGGUGAGAUGAGCAAAUGAACCACAUUUGUAUAUUUUAUUUAUCGUGACGAAGAUAUUGCUCUAGUCACACAGUGAUUUGCCUAUGAAAAUUAAUAAUUAAUUUAUACUAUUCAUUUUGAAAAAUAUACAUUCACCGUGAUCGGUUGGGUAAGUGUAUUACAAUAGUGAUUUAAUAAGUAAAACUGUUGAUCGAAUUUUACUUAUGAAAAUGGAUGUGAAAAUGAGUUGUCUAGCCUUUUAACGAAGUCAUUCCGUUCGGAAAAAGUGGAAAACGGUUAUCAUGGACUUGUUGUUGCUAUGUGUAAAUACGUAUGUACGUAAGUAAGGUUUUAACGAAUGGAAAAUUCUUAUAAAAUGGGACCAAGAGACUGUAGCUAUUUAUAGUGUACGGAUAUAUUAUAUUGAGUGGUGAAUAUUUACACAGUUUGGAAAUAAUUUCAUAUAUCUACAGAAGUAUUUUUGGAAAUAUUGUAUAGGUAAUUUCUGAUUAAAAAAAAAACAUAUUUAGGAAAGUGCAGUUUUUAUAAUACUACAUGAUUAACAUGUACUUAUGCUGUAAAAUGUAGACUAAAAAAUGUGCCAAUUUUGACAAAAAAUAUAUUUUAUUUAUUAAAUAUGUUACAGUUACAGAUUACUCUGUGUUACUAAGAUUAGGCAAUAAUUUAUUAUGUAUUUACAAGAAAGUCCUGGUACCGGCUGUUUUUGUACAAUGUAGCUUAUUUAACAGUAGUUUAAGAAUAAUUUUAUUUAAUUAUAUUAUAAUUAUUUUAACUAGUUUAGAUUAUAAAGUACUUAAUUAAAAUGUGACAGUAUUUAACAUUGUUUUAUAGCAAAUAAAUUUCGAUUUUUUAUAUUACAUUUUGAGGUCCUAUAACUUCAAUAGCAUAAUCAUAUUACCGAUCAUUUUAGAAAUAAAAGUAUAAAUAUUCAAAGCCUUUUCGAUAUAAAAAUGUAAGUAAAUCUUAAUGGAGGUUUUGUUAUUUAUUUUACUGAAAUGUUUUAUACGAUAGUUGUUUUACAAAAUAGCCAUUCAAUAAUAUUAAAAAAAAAAUCGAUAAUUGUUAUUUUGAAGGUUACAAAAAAAACUGCUUUUGCAGGAUAGAGGAAAAAUAAUUUAAGGUUUUAAAGAUCCCAGUUUGUUUUUACUUUUUUUUAAAAAAAAAUGUUAAAUGGAGUAAAAGUUACUUUUGUAUGAUGAAGUAUACUACUCUAUGGUGAAGGUUUUGCGUAAUAGUAUUAUUUAAAAAAUAUACUCGAAUUAAUUUUAUUUCUCCAAUAUGUACAGAUCUUAUAGGUACUUAAUUUUAUAGGUUAAAAGCAAGUUUUAGCAAAAUCAUUUUUAAUCAAAUUGAAAUCGAAAUCUUCAACUUUAAAUGCAGAAUAAUUUUACAAAUAAUUUUGUUUAUUAUAAUAUUUUGUUUUACAUGAUUUUCAAUACGAUGAUGAUUUUUAUAAUAUUUUACAGUGGUGAUGUAUGUACUUAGGUAUGUUUUAAAAGAAUUUUCUUCGGUUUUACUUUUUGUUAAACAAAUAUAUUUUUUUAGCUUUGUGACCGUAAAACUGUUUUAACAGUAUUAUCGUUUACUUCUCGAAUCACACGGCACAAGUUACUUUAAAAUAGAGAAAGCACAAAGAUUUGUGUUUUGAGAACCUAUAAUAUUUUCAAUGUAGUCCAUCAACUUUGAUGAAAGACAUAUAAUU